CCUUGCGGCAGCGCACUGCCUUUCUCCCCGCCAGACAAUGCAUUUCGGCGCCCGCAUUUCACGUCACUCUGGAUCUACAGAUGCACUGCUUGACCAAAAAGUGAAGCACUCAGAAAGGGAGAAAAGAAAGAAACGAAACUUCACAGGUUAUGAGGCUUCCUGCUACUGCAGAGGAAUGGCUGAAAAUUGCCAAAGAAUAUGAAGAAAAAUGGAAUUUCCCCAGGUGUUUGGGAGCUAUAGAUGGGAGGCACAUUGACAUUGUGGCACCACCCAACAGUGGAACAGUUUAUUUUAAUUAUAAAGAGCGCUUCAGCAUUGUUUUGCUAGCAAUUGCUGAUGCUAAUUAUAGAAUAAUUUACGCUGAUGUUGGCACGCUGGGGAGGAUUUCAGAUGGUGGUGUCCUUAAAGACACCACAUUUUACAAAAUGUUAGAAACCAAAACUCUAAAUAUACCACCAUCAACUCCUCUUCCUGGUAGGAGCAAGCCUGUUCCAUAUGUUUUCGUCGCUGACGAAGCCUUUGGCCUAGAGGAAAAUAUUGUGAAACCAUUUCCAGGUCUGCAUGAAAAAAAUAGUUGGCAACGUAUUUUUAACUAUAGAGCAUGCAGGGCAAGAAUAGUAAUAGAAAAUGUAUUUGGGAUUAUAAGUGCUAUUUACAGAGUGCUGAGGAAGCAAAUGCUUCUCAGUCCGGAAAAGGCUACAGUGGUGGCACUAGCCUGUGUUUAUUUACAUAAUUUUCUUCAAAACAGAAAAUCUCAAAGUUAUCGUCCAGCAGGAACAUACGACGGAGAGGGAGAUGAUGGCAACGUAAUACCUGGGUCCUGGAGGGACACCCCUACUGUGCUGGAGCCACUGCCCAGAACUGGCCGAAGAACUUCAUUGCUGAAUGACAACAGAAGAGAAUAUGCUGAAUACUUCUGCAGUAUUCAGGGCUCCAUCCCAUGGCAGUAUGGAAAAUAAGUUCCACAUCAUUGUUAA